AUGCCGCGCUACAGUAAGCUGGAUUGCGACGAGGAGCUGUACCCACAAUUGACACCGCAUAGUCGAGAGGUGUUGUGCCACGGCCCAAUCCUCGUCUACUACAUCCCUCCGUUCGAGGGCGUGCGGCGCAUUAAUGGGCACGAUUUGGCGGCACCGCCGGCCGAUGACGAGGACUAUCUUUAUGAUAUUCAGGUGAAUUGCGGCUUCAACCACCGCCUCUUCACGACAAUUACGGACAUAACCAUCGCGAUCGUCAACUCAAAAAUCCCGAUUCUCGUGCCGCCGUGGGUCGAGGUGGUUGUGGAGGGUGAAAACUGCAAAAUCUACCACACGCACCACUGCACCGUCGACGUCACCGGCACCAUGGAGCUCACCGAGAACAGCACGGCCGAGCAGCGCCCCCAGGUCGGCAUCCUCUGCCUCUACGCCGCUGAUGUGCGCCGUUUUGGGGAGAAUAUUCAGGUCGUGCUCCAAGACGAUGUGGUGGCGUGGGUGCCCCAUGGCGGGAAAGUGAUCGUGGCCCACCACUCGACCGAGCUCAUCUCCUACCGCGAGCAGAGCGACCUC